UGGCGCUGGAGGAGGAACAUGAAAUGUGCCUGUCGGACCACCAGCAUUCAAAGCUCCCGUUAACCUCUGCAGGCUGGAAAUACUUGUUUUAACUUCUAAUUGGGAAUUACUUCCAGAGACCAGCCUUUGUAGAAGAAUGACAGGCGAUAAAGUGUUACUUCCAAUGUUACUAAUGUCUGCGAUGAUGAGUUUACUAUUGAUGCAGAUUUCACACGGACAGCAUUCGCCGGAAGAGUCCUGCACUGUUCAGAUCCUUGUCCCUGGACUCAAAGGAGAACCAGGAGACAAAGGACAAAAAGGAGCACCUGGCAGACCAGGAAGGGUUGGUCCUCCAGGAGCGAUUGGUCAAUCUGGGCUAAAAGGGCAAAAAGGCAUUAUGGGACGUUAUGGAAAAGUUGGCCCGAAAGGAAUAAAAGGGGUCAAGGGAGACAUGGGUGACUCUGGACCAACAGGCUCAAACGGAGAGCCGGGUGUUCCGUGCGAGUGCACACCAGUGAGGAAGAUGAUUGGAGAAAUGGACAUUCUUGUGGCUCAGCUGUCUUCAGAGCUGAAGUUCAUAAAAAAUGCACUGCCCUCCCCUGCAGCUGUUGCUGGAAUUAAAGAGACAGACAGUAAGGUCUAUCUGUUGGUGAAGGAGGAGAGGCGUUAUGCCGACGCAGAGGGCUUCUGUCAGACGAGGGGAGGGCACCUGGCCAUGCCGAAGGACGAGGGAGCCAAUGCUGCCAUCGCAAGGUACAUAACCGAAGCAGGCCUGAGCAGAGUCUACAUUGGCAUUCACGACCUUGACCGUGAGGGCGUCUUCACCUACGUGGAUCGCUCUCCCAUGACCACCUUCAGCAGCUGGAGAACAGGAGAGCCCAACAAUGCAUAUGAUGAUGAAGACUGUGUUGAGAUGGUCGCCUCUGGGGAGUGGACUGACGUAGCAUGCAAUCCCACCAUGUAUUUCAUCUGUGAAUUUGACAAAGACACGGCCUGAUUUCAGGACUAUUUAAAAGAAAGCGCAAAUAUAAUGGGUCAUCAAUCACCACGUUCACAUCUAAAUAUGACAAAAUGACAUCCAAGUUGUGCAAACUACUAUAUUUUAAUUUUCCUAUUGAAGCUACAAACUAUUUAUUUUUCUGAGCUUACAAAACAGCCUGAUUUUUUUUUUAUACUCUCAUCAUUUAAGUGUUUUUAAGUGUUUUCCUGACUUUGAAAAGUUCAAAACUGCCUCAAGCUCUCAUAUACCUUGUUUUCAGACCAUGUAGCUGUAUAGGUGCACGAUUGCAAUAACUGCAAAUCCAAAACUGUAUUCCGAGCGCAUAUCAAUAGACAGUAUAAAACAAUGGACCAAACAUCAGUUAGCGUGACCCAUUGGUUUCUUAAGAGGGGGUUUGGAAGCCCCUUUUUCUUUGUACAGGGCACACUAUGCUGCUUGAGAAGCCGAUGGCCAAUGGGAACACGUCCACCGCAUAUCAUUCAAUGUUAUCUUUGCUCCCAGCUCCUUCAGCUAAACAAUGCCGAAUAUAUCUGCAGAGCUGCUGUCAGACUUUUACAGAAGAAUAUAUAUUUUGACGUGUUGACUGAACGGGGGAAUCAAGAAUGUCUGUCAUGUUUAUCCAAUGCUGAGUCAGCUCAAACAGGUGGUUGCUUUGCUAAGCAUGGUAGCAUGACGAAUACGGAUGAGGAAGUUAUAACAGGGUGCCAUUGGCUGCACCAAUUGUCAAUCAGUCAUAUUAGAAAUACUUUUAAUGUGUUUAGUGUUUAUAGACAUUGCUGGCAUUGUACAAAAAGUCACCCCCUCAGACUUGUCAUGGGUGUGAAAUAAAGCAAAUGAGACCAAAAUCCUUUUUUGAACCAGGCUGUGAACAUUUUUAUUUCUGAUCUGAAGUUGGACAUUUUAACAUGGUAGUCAAUGGAGAUUGAGUCGUUUCCCAUGAGCCUCAUUCCAGAAAUGAGAUGGUUUGCUCUUGCACAUAUCAACCCAGCCCAUGCAUCUAUCCCAACCUUCCCCCCUUAUCCACGAUUCAGUUAAAAAAGAAACAUCAUCCAAUUGGCUCUGUCGCUUUGUCAAGUGACUGACAAUAAUGUGUCUGAUUGGUUUAGGAAGGUUCACCAGUAAUGGUAGAGUGAUGAGGGAGCAGGGGAGACCAAACAAGGAGUUCACCCGAGCACACAGAAAACAUAGCAUUUCGGCUUCACAAUCUAACAAUCCAGAGAGCCACAAUAUAAGUAAAAUGAUUGAACCGUGGUGUUCAAUCAAAUACGGAACAAAACUGUAUAAGAUGGGACCUUUUUAAAUGAAAAACCUUUACUAUAAAAAAGAUAUGUGAAUGAGAGCAUGUUUUUGGAUGUUUAAAAGGACUCCCAAAUCAAAAACAUCAGUUUAACACAAUCCCAUUGCUUUGUUUGUGCUGUUUGCUCAACCUGUAAUAUGUCCGUCAGUAAGGGAGUGUACUGAUUCAUCAUGGACCAAGAUCAGAAUCAAAUUAUCCACCUUUCCAAGCCUUUUCCUCCACCCAUCUACACAUCAUGCACCCCCUGAAGUCAAAAGUGCAAAACUGUGACAUUGAUUUCAGAAGUGAUACAGUCCUCGGAAGACUGAGGUAGCAGUUGACUCCACCACCUAAAAGCUGACUGUAAUGAAGAGAUCUGUAAACACAUGGUUGAGGGCCGGAGGAAUUUUAAUCAAAGCAUGAAACAGAUUUUUUAUCAAAGCUUCUGGAAAUUCUGCCCAGCAUUUAUUUUUCAAUAAAAGGCUGUUGUACGUCUUGUUUGACUAAAAUUAUUUGACUCAUUCGUGUUCCCAAAAAU